UGUCCAUUUGGUUGGUCAUUGUAACAACAAUUUUUGGCCAACCACCAGAAUAUUCUACAUUGUCAUCAUUAUUAAUGGUGGAUAAUUCAACAUUUCUAGAUCCAAUCAUUGUGACAUUAUCAUCGGCCAAUGAUUCUAAAUGGACUGAAAAUUGUCCCUGUCGACAAUGUCGUUAUGAUGAACAUGGUAAUCGUGAAAUAAUCUGCGAUACAGGUGGUAUUGUUGACAUUCCAUUCGAUAGAAUUUCAUCAUUGGUUGAUGUGAUUGAAAUUAGUGCACCGAAUGAUAAACCAAAUAAUCUGACACUUGGUCCAUUGUUUUAUCGAUUUCCGCGGUUGAAAAAAUUACGAAUAACCAAAAGUCGUAUACCGGCAAUCGGUUCGACUACGUUUCGUUAUCGUACAUCAUUACAAACAUUGGAUCUAAGCCAAAAUCGUAUUGAACAUCUUAUUGAUUCAAAUUUUCGUGGAUUAAGUCAAUUAGAAACAUUAAAUCUAAGCCAUAAUUUAUUGUCCGAAUUAGCUUCAGGAACAUUUCAACAAUUAUAUCGGCUAAAACAUUUGAGUUUAUCACAUAAUCGUAUGGAAACGAUUACCACACGAUUAUUCUAUAAUCUAUCCAGUUUAACUACAUUGGAUCUAAGUCACAAUCCGAUUGGUGAAAUUGCACCGAAAAAUAUGAUCGAUUUAAGGCCAUUACAACAUUUAUCAUUACGUAAUUGUCAAUUAAAACAAAUUCAUUCAUUAUUCUAUCAGAAUUUACCAAAUCUUAAAGUAUUGGAUCUACGUGAUAAUCAUCUGAAAAUAGUGCAUACAUUUGAAUUCAGUUCCUUACAUCAAUUGAUCAAUUUAUAUUUGGAUUAUAAUCAUCUUAAUCAGAUUGAUUCAUAUGCAUUUGUUGGUCUUAAUCUUCAUCGUUUGACCAUAUCAAAUAAUUAUCUAAUUGAAUUGGUGGAACAAACAUUUGCCAAUUGUACGAUUAUUGAAUUGGAUUUAUCGGCAAAUAAUUUUACAAUGUUUGAUUCAAAAAUUUUUGAACCAUUAAAUAAUGAACUACGUAAAUUAUCAUUGAACAAUAUAACCACAUUGAAAGAACCAUCGGCAUCAGUAUCAAAAUUAUUAUCACCACUACGUCAAUUAGAACAUGUUGAGCUAUCAUAUUUACGUCUGGAUUCAAGUGGUUUAACGCCAGAUCUUUUUGCACAGAAUCGACAAACAUUACGUUUUGUUAAUCUAAGCCAUAAUUCAUUUGUCAACAUUAGUAUCCGUCUAUUGGAUGAAUUGUAUCAGAUUGAAGUGUUAGAUUUAUCACACAAUUCAUUAUAUGAGCUUAGCUCUGAAUUCCUAUACAUAUUGAAUCAAUAUCGAAAUUUAUCAUUGAUUUUUUUCGAUCAAAAUCCAUGGUCAUGUUAUCGUUGUCAUUUGUUAUAUUUUCGUAAUUGGAUUACAGCACCAUCUACUUAUCAACCAAAACGUAACGUGGCUGUAGAAAAUCUAAAAUUCAAUAAUAAUAGCAACAAUACAAUAAUGAUGACCAAUGAUGGUUUGAUGUUUGAUGAAAAUUUUCGUUCACCAAUUUUAUUAAAUCCAUAUCAGAAAUCAUGUCAAAUCUAUGAUCGUUGUGCCAUCUGUCGUUAUCCACCGAAUCUAGAUGGUAUUCGUGUUGAUCUUUUGGAAGAUUGGAAAUUAGAAUGGUGUACAGAUCCAACUGUACAGUUACGUGUAUCAACAACUGAACCAAAUGUUGGCCUUGUAUUGGCAUUAUUGAUCAUCAUUAUAUUGAUAAUUGUAAUAGUUGGUGUGAUUGUUUAUUAUAGAAAUCGUGGUGCCAUUUAUUUCACAAAUGAAGAGCUAUUAUAUGGCCGUACAUCAGGUUAUGAUGAUGGAACAACAACUGGUCCCGGUAUUGGUGGUGGUGGUGGCGGUGUUGGCGGUAUUAUGCAUCAUCCACAUCAUAAAUCAUCCGUAUAUAAUAUAUCGAAUGCUAUAAGAUAUUUUGCUGAUGCAACAGCAUCGCCACCUGAUUCAAUGUCGGUAACAUCGAUGGAUUCAUUAUAUCAUCCAAAUUCUACACAUCAUUCUUAUCAUCAUAAUCAUCAUUAUCAACAUCGUAAUUCUUUACAUCAACAUCCACAUCAACAACAACAACAACAACAACAACGAUCAAUAACAACAAUUGUUGAUCAUAAACCUGUGAAUGGACAAUUGUAUGCACAGGUAAAUCGUCCAUCUCAUAAUGAACGUCAAGCAAGCUAUGAAAGUUCAACAACACCAAGAGUAAAAACCAGUGGACAAUUAAAUCGGCUUACAUCGGAUGCAUCUGCCGGUUCGAUUGCAACAUUACGUCGUGAACGAUUAGCAAGUGGUAAUCAAACAUCCAUCACAAAUCAAAUGGCUAAAAGUCGUUCUGCAUCUAUGUUACGGCAACAACGAUCACAAUCAAGUAAUCAAUCGAUGGAAGAACCAUUGAUUGAAUCCACAUCAACAUCGACAUUGAAACGUGGUGGUGGAAAAAAAGUGAUCAUGUUGAAUAGUCAACCAACGAUCGAACUUUCUGAACCAUCAUCAUUAUCGAUGAAUAGUAAAAAAACCAAAUCGAUACCAUCAAAACCAUCGACAACAUCAUCGGCAAGUAAAUCUAAAUCAUUAUCACUAUCAUCGAAUCAAUCAAGUUUUGCUGGUGGUGGUGAUGGUAGUAAAGAUUCCAAUGAACCGAAAUCAUCAACAAGAAAAAAACGUUCAGCUAUCGUUACAAGUAAAUCAACACCAUUAACACCACCACCGCCACCACCACCUACAUCUACAUCAUCUUCUUCCUCCUCAACGUCUUCAUCAUCAUCAUCAUCAUCUCAAAGUUCAUCAUCUUCAACAUCUAAAUCAGGUCAUCAUCAUGAUCAAGAUUCAGACAAUGAUGGUGAUCAUGGUAAGAGUGGCCGCCAUGAUUCGGAUGAUGGUGAUGAUUUACCACAAACAUUAUGUCCAUAUGAAGAAGUUGAACAUGAUUCCAAUGAUGAUGAUGAUAAUGAUGAUGAUGAUGAUGCUAAUUCUGAUUCACGUGAACCAUCACCAUCCGGUUCUAUUGAUAUAUCACCACCAACAGAAUUGCCAGCCAUGUCACAACAACGUAAUAAUCGUCAUCAAUCAAAUAAUAAUAAAACACCACCAACAUUACAACAAGAAACGAAUGAAAAUUGUUCAUCAUUAGAAUCACUUACAACAGCUGCAUUAGCUGAAAAUGGUGCCGGUGAUACACAUUCACAAUGUUCAUCUGCUGGCAGUAUUGGACAUAGUUCAUUAGAAUUGGGAGCUAAAUCUGAUUGAAUGAUCAAAAAAUAACUCCCAUCUUUUGAAUUACACAAACUCGCACACACACACACACACGCAUACAUGCAAACACGUGUUUUUGUUUUGAAAAUAAAAACU